AUGGCGACCGCAGCAGAGCGAGCAUUCGGCACGGUCGAAUUGUUCGAAAUGAUAGUCUUGCCACUUGGCGUCAAGGGCAUCCUUCGAGCCCAGAGAGUCUGCAAAUGGUGGCGCGAAGUGAUCGCGGAAUCGAAGCCUUUGCAGCAGAAGCUUCGCUUCGAGGUGACAUCUCUGGAUCCAAAGGAGGCUCAAACGAUGAAACGUGCAACCCGCUCGUGGUCGACUGAUAGCGAUUCCGAGGAUGACGUGCAGGAGCCUAUUCUCAUCAACCCUCGCAUAAAGCCACUCAUGAAGAAUGCCCUGAAGCCUCGCUACGCCAAGAGAGCACAGCCAUUCAAGCUGAAGAAAUGGUUGCAGACGAACGCGACCCAUCGACACAUGAACAUCUCUUGCCCUGGCGUUCGUCGCGCCUACGUUCGUGUUUCACAUAAAGCUGGACCCGAGGUCUACUCCGAAACUGAAGGCAUCCGAGCGACUCAACGCCACAUCACCAUAGGUGACCUUGUCGACACGCUCGAGCCGAUGGUGAAGAAGCACGAGCGCAGCUGGGGAGAAGUUUGGCUGGCCGAAAUUAGCUAUGCCGUCUCUAAGAAGGCAUGAGCGAACGGAGGGCCUAGACUGAGUAUGAUCGGCUCGAGCAGCUGGUGGCAUCUUUCUCGACGUGGGUCAAGUAGAGGCGAGUCUCACG